AUGUUCCGAUCACGCUGUCAAAAUAUCCUACGGUCGCGAUGCGUGGUGCCACCCGUUCAGGCAAUGACUUGUCAUCCCCUGACACACGCAGCAUUCUCCACCUCGGCUCGACGUGAGCUCAUGGAGACAAGUGGUUUCACCGAGGAGCAACUGACUGUUCGAGAUGCCAUUCAAAAUAUUUGUUCAAAAUUUCCAAACACCUACUGGCAGGAACGCGAUCAGCAGGAGAAAGACCCCAAGGAAUUUCAUGCAGCCCUAGCAAAAGAUGGCUGGCUCGGCAUUGCCCUCCCGGAAUCCCUGGGAGGAGCAGGCUUAGGUAUAUCUGAGGCUACAAUGAUGAUGCAAACCAUCACGCAAUCCGGUGCAGGCAUGGCAGGAGCGCAAGCCAUCCACGCUAACGUAUAUGCCACACAGCCACUAGCUCGGUUUGGUACUCAAGAACAGCUAGAGACUACCAUUCCUAACAUCAUUAAUGGGACCUGGCGAACUUGUUUUGGAGUCACAGAGCCAAACACAGGCCUGGACACCCUUAAGCUCAAGACCCUAGCAAAAAAGACAGCGGAUGGAUACACCGUGACUGGUCAGAAAAUCUGGAUCACUUGCGCGCAGGUCGCGUCGAAAAUGAUUCUGUUGGCUCGAACUACUCCACUCGAAGAAGUUAAGAAGUCAACAGAGGGACUAUCAAUGUUUUGCAUUGACCUAAACCGCGAUCAGCCGGGGUUAGAUCUUCGCAAAAUCAAGAAAAUGGGCGGUCGCGCCGUGGAUGCGAAUGAAGUGUUCUUCGACAACUACACUAUCCCCGCAAACGCACUCAUCGGCCAAGAAAACGAAGGCUUCAAGAUCAUUCUACACGGUAUGAAUGCCGAACGUUGUCUUCUAGCUGGCGAAGCCCUCGGCCUAGGAUACGCUGCACUAGAAAAGGCCGCUGAGUACGCCAAGGAGCGCGUGGUAUUCGGUCGUCCCAUUGGUCAGAACCAGGGUGUUUCGCAUCCGCUCGCUGAUGCGUAUAUGAAGUUGGAGGCGGCGAAGCUUGCGACAUACCAUGCUGCGAGACUUUAUGAUACGAAUGACGGCUCAAUCCCAUUCCAUUCUAUUGGUGUCGCAUGCAACAGUGCGAAGUAUUUGGCUGCUGAAGCCGCUUUCACGGCUUGUGAAAGGGCUGUUUUGGCUCAUGGUGGUAUGGGUUAUGCGAUGGAGUAUGAUGUUGAACGGUACAUGCGCGAAUGUUUCGUCCCCAGGAUUGCACCUGUGAGUCGGGAAAUGAUUCUGAAUUACGUUAGUGAGAAGGUGUUGGACUUGCCUCGAAGCUACUAA